AUGGCGGUGUCGGCGUCCGCACGCACAUGCCUGGUGGUGGCAUCGCUGGCGUGCGCGCUAACGCUGGCGCUGCGCUCGGCGGACGCGCAGGCGGACGAGGCUCAGCCGUCCUCGCCGGCGCAGAAACCCAAGUGCGCUCCGGGCGCCGCGACGCCGUGCCGCGUGGGCGCGUUGCGCGACCCGGAGAACCAGGAGGAGGAAGGGCUGUUCAACGUGAAGGCGAGGGGGCCGAGCGGCGCGGCUGACGACGACUACAGCGAUCCCGACCAGCCCAAGGACCCCGACCAGUCCGACGACGAUGAACUCGUCGUCCUCGGCCACUGA